AUAUUUAUAAUUCUAGACUAAUGUUAAUAAAAUCCUAAAAGUGUUAAUUUUGAACAUAGAAGAGGUAAAAAAUGAAAUGAAAUUCAUAAAUUGAAAAUAAUAUAUGAAAUUUUAAAUAUUAUUUUGUAUAAUAGAACAGAAAAAUUGAAUUUUUAUAAAAUAAUAUAAUAAAACGAAUUUUGAGACACGAAAUAUUUACAUUAUAAAAAUAAACAUAUUUUAAAAAUUAUUUAAGAAAAUUAUUUGUUAUAAUUUAUAACAAAAACUAUGAUUGAAAUAACAGCAAAAUUAAUUAGAGGACCUGUAUAUUUUUCUGGUGAAGUUAUAGAAUGUUUAGUCUCGUUUAGUAAUCCUCCAAAUCCAAUUCAUCAAAUUUCUCAAAGUCAUAGUGAUAUUUUUGAAAGUCUUGCAUGGGCUAGUGCUCAAGUUCAUUGUCAAUGUUCUACAAAUAGUAAAAUUGUUUUUUCAGAAAAAUUAAAUAUGACUCAAUUAGCUGCUAUUAAUGCUAAUACAACAUUUGCCCCAUGGCAACAAGAUAAUGGUCAUGUUGUUCUAAACACAAAGCCCAAAAUUUUAUUUUGUGAUUUACGUCUAUCUCCCGGUGAAAGUAAAACAUAUCUUUAUCGGGAAACAAUUCCAAGUGAUGCACCUCCAUCUUAUAGAGGACAUGCAGUAAAAUAUUCAUAUAAAAUCACUGUUGGAACACAACGAGUAAACACAGCUAUAAAAUUACUUAGAAUUCCAUUUAGAGUACUUUCUUUAAGUGAAUUGCCUGAAGUAGCUGCUUGUAAUGAUAGCGUUGAUUUAAGUCCAAAUAAUCCAUUCAUGGAAACACAACAUAGAGAAACUCCAUUAGAUGUGGCACUACAAACUCUUCAGAAUUUAACAGCUAGACGUAGUCCAAAUUUUUAUAAUAUUACAAAUGGACGUGGACGUGUCGUAAGAUUUUGUCUUUUCAAAAAUUCCUAUAAACUUGGAGAAGAUAUAGUUGGAACAUUUGAUUUCUCAAAUGCCACUGUUUCUUGUGCACAAGUAUCUGUUGCAUUGCAAUCAGAAGAACAUAUUUCUGAUGAAUACAGACGAGGAAAGGCCAUAACUCCAACUUUAGUUAGUUAUAAUAAACAUCAUGAAAUGUGUAUGGGUUUAAAAUAUUCUCAUUUAGUAUUACCAAUACCGUUACAUGUAACACCGGAUUUUACUACUGAUUUGAUGACAUUAAAAUGGAGAUUACAUUUUGAAUUUGUUACAACUUCAAAACUAGUAGAAAUGCCUAGUGAAACUAGUAUUAAUUGGCAAGGACCAUUAGUUUUGGAUGUUGAAACAAUGAUUUGGGAUUUACCUGUUCAUAUUCAUCCAACAACUACACCACCUAAUACUGCACAACAAAUAAAAUACAAUAUAAUCAUAUAGCAAAUUGAAAAAUAUUGUAAGAAUUCAUAGAUUAUUUUUCAUUUAUAGUAGUAUAUAUAGUUAAAUUUUCAUAUCUAUUAUAUUUUUCAAGAAGAUAGAUAUAGAAAAAUGUACAUAGAUAAAUAAAAUAUUUUAUUUAUAUAAUAUAUAUGAAUUUAACAAAACAAAUUAUAUUUAAACAUUUAAAAUAAUUUAAAAUAUUUUUAAUAUCUUAUUCACAUUAUAAUUAAUUGUAAUGUUUCUUUAUAUAUUCAAUAAAAUUUAAUUCAUUU